AUGCCAUCGAGGGAUCGAUAUCCGGGGUUGGGAAAUUCUUUCUAUGGGUCUGACAACCAGAUCCCCAGCCUAACUCAUUGGAUUGCCCAGCUCCCAGUCCUCGAUCCGAAGAAGGAAAGCCAUAUAUGCUUAGGAAACAGACCCCAGAUUACGAACCCGAGAUUUAUUACCAGAGAACUGACGAGAGAUUUCCCAAUGAUGGAUCACAAGCAAGGAACUCCAAACUCAACGCGUGCCAGGACUUCUCAGGGCCAACGCUUACAGAGGGAGAAAUUCCACUUGCCUCGAGUGAGCUCCCUUGAAACCAUCCUCAGACAGAGGGUUUCCCAAUUGGGCGACUAA